AUGUUUCUUCGUAAAGCCAUACGAACGGUUCAAUUUACCUUGGAGCCGUUCUUGAAAGUUUAUUUAGAUCUAUCUAUCUAUCUAUCUAUCUAUCUAUCUAUCUAUCUAUCUAUCUCAACGUUAAACAUUUCUAUUGCCUUUUCUUUCUUUUUUCUUUCUCUUUUUUCUUUCUCUUUCUCUUUAUUUCUUUCUCUCUUUUUUCUUUCUUUCUCAUUCUUUUCGUUCUUUCUUUGUCUUUCUUUGUUUUUUUCUUUUUUCAUUGUUUUUCUUUCUUUUUUCUUUCAGUCUCUUUCUUUUUUUCUUUUUUUCUCUCUUUCUUUCUAUCUAUUAUUCAUAUGUUUUUUCUUUUUCUUUCUUUCUUUUUUCUUUAUUCUUUCUUUUUCUUUCUUUUUCAUUUCUGUCUCUAUCUUUUUCUCUAUCUUUUUCUUUCUUUCAUUCCUUCUUUCUUUCUAUUAUUUAUUCAUUAAUUCAUACUGCAACAUCUAUCUAUCUAUCUAUCUAUCUAUCUAUCUAUCUAUCUAUCUAUCUAUCUCACAUUUUUAUCUAUUACUGACAAACACACAAAUAGACACACAAAUACAUCUGUCUGUCUGUCUGUCUGUCUAUCUAUCUAUCUAUCUAUCUAUCUAUCUAUCUAUCUAUCUUUGUGUGGGUGUUUGUGACUAUAUGCGUAUCGACCACCAUUAA